AUGAAAACUUCAACACAUCUUCCUGGUGUUUGAGAAAUUGGUUUAAACAUGAAGGUAGUAAUAAUUUCGGUUUGAUUACUGGUAUUUAUUACUAAUAUUUUUUUAUUAAUUUCACGUCGUGGUCAUUUAUUAUCAAUUUUGUUAGCUCUUGAAUCGCUAAGAUUUAUUAGGGCUUCUCUAUAUUGCGUAGUUUUUAAGUUUGGGGCUUUAUGGUUUUUAGGCGUUAUUGCAGCCUUUAGGGCUAUUGAGGCUGCUACAGGUUUAGUUUUACUGGUACUUCUUAUUCGUUGGUCAGGGUCUGAUAACCCUAUUUGGCUUCAUAUAGGUGGUUUUUAG